CGAUCGUGCAAGGUAUAAAAUUUCUUUGAGAUUGUGUCUCAAAUUAUUUUCCGGCAUUGCGUAGAUUUGACUAAAAGCAAAGAAUGAAAAGUCAAAUUUGCAUUCUAGCUUUAUUGUUCUUGAUACAAUUAGGGAUGUGCGCGGGCAACCAAUUGCAACAACUUGAAAAAAUGGUAGAAAAACUUCAAGACACAGUAAUGUCUGUUACAAUAGAAAAUGCAAAAUUGCAGGACGCUGUCUUGUCAGUUACUACGGAAAACGCAAAAUACUCGGAUCUGAUUGAGAAUCUAGUGGAAAAAGUAGCUUAUCAAGAAAGAAGAAUAUGGAUAUUGGAGACAGAAUGCAAAACAGACGACUCUAUUUAUCCUAAAAUGAAAACAAAUAAGACAAGUGAUGAACAGAUUAACAAAAAAGACUAUGCUUUUGUCGAAGCAAUGUAUCCUAAAAAAACGUCUUUAAUUGGACAAAUUAUGCAUAAGGCACCGCAAAGACGAUCAGUUGAUUCUGGGCAUGAAAACGUUGCCUUUUUUUCCUAUUUGUCCGGAGAUCUGAGGGAACCAAGCCCUGGUCACGUUUUGGUGUUUGAUGUUGCUCCUACUAACAAUGGUGGUCACUAUAAUAGGUAUGCUGGGAUGUUCACUGCUCCUCACUCUGGUACUUAUGUCUUUACGUGGACAUCCUACUGCGAGGCUGGAGGCUACACAAACCUUCAACUAGUGGUAAAUGCAAACGCAGUUGACAGUUCCUACUGCAAUGCCGACGGAGCAAGUUGGUAUAGAUCUGCAUCUGGCACUGCGGUCGUACAAAUUGGUCAAGGAGAUGUAGUUUUCGUUAGGACUCACCAUUAUCACACCAGCUACAGAGAUUUGUUGAGUAAGGAGUAUCUACGCACAACCUUUGCAGGAUGGUCUCUGUCUUAAUAUUUGUUUGUAAAAUCGUAAAAUUAAAAAUUCAAUAUAAUGGA